GUGUCAACUGUGUUUAGCUGCUCUCUCGGUAGCACAGAAUGGAGCUUCCCCAUCUGGAACCUGCAAUGCUGCGCAGGUGUAGCGCAGCUUCGGUGCCUCAGUUCUGUAAUUCUCCUACACUGAUUGUGAUGGUGGGACUGCCAGCCAGAGGGAAGACAUACAUCUCCAAGAAGCUCACCCGCUACCUGAACUGGAUCGGCGUUCCUACUAAGGUGUUUAAUGUGGGCCAGUACCGAAGGGAGGCUGUCAAGAUCUAUAAGAACUUUGAAUUCUUUAAGCCUGAUAAUAAGGAGGCCAUGAGGAUCCGCAAGGCCUGUGCAGCAGCCGCCCUUAGGGAUGUCACUGCCUACUUCGCAAAGGAACAGGGACAAGUAGCCGUGUUUGAUGCUACCAACACCACCAGGGAGAGGAGGGCGGUCAUUCUGAGUUUUGCAAAGGAGAUGGGCUAUAAAGUGUUCUUUGUGGAAUCAAUCUGUGAUGACCCCAACAUCAUUACAGAAAAUAUCAAGCAAGUAAAAUUUGGGAGUCCAGAUUAUGUGGAUCGUGACAUAGAUGAAGCCAUGGAAGACUUCAACCAGCGCAUUGAGUGUUACAGGCUCAGUUACAUGCCUAUAGAUGAUGACAAAGACAGGAAUCUUUCCUACAUCAAGAUCUUUGAUGUGGGCAGUAGAUACUUGGUGAACCAGGUCCAGGACCACAUUCAGAGCAGGAUAGUUUACUACCUCAUGAACAUCCACGUCACACCAAGAUCCAUCUAUCUCAGCCGCCACGGAGAGAGUGAACUCAACCUUUUAGGUCGCAUUGGUGGAGAUUCAAGUCUGUCCACUGGAGGACACAAUUAUGCGAACGCCAUGGCGACCUUCCUCAGAGAGCAGAAUAUCCUUGACCUGAGGGUGUGGACAAGUCACAUGAAGAGGACCAUCCAGACUGCAGAGGCUCUGGGAGUCCAGUAUGAACAGUGGAAGGCCCUCAAUGAGAUAGACGCUGGUGUAUGUGAGGAGCUCACCUAUGAGGAGAUUCAGGCAAAUUUCCCAGAAGAGUUUGCACUGAGAGACCAAGACAAGUACCGUUAUCGCUAUCCCAAGGGAGAGUCCUAUGAGGACCUCGUCCAUCGUCUAGAGCCGGUCAUUAUGGAGCUGGAACGGCAGGAAAACGUUCUGGUUAUCUGCCACCAAGCUGUGAUGCGCUGCCUUCUCGCCUACUUUUUAGACAAACCUGCAGAAGAGCUGCCUUAUCUAAGGUGCCCCCUUCACACGAUACUUAAACUCACACCAAUCGCUUAUGGAUGUACAGUUGAGUCAUUUUACCUUAACAUUGAAGCAGUCGACACACACAGAGAGAAGCCAAAGAAUGUGGACAUCACCAGAAAUCCAGAGGACGCGCUGCAAACUGUCCCUGAACACAUAUAAACGCAGCUUCAAUCAUUUGCAACCGGAUGUGCUUCAUGUGAGCUGCACUACAUAUUAAGACAUUUGAAGGUGUGACAGCAGAAGAGGACGAGAUGAAAUGACAGCAGACAGAUACAUGAAGCACCAGAAGCAGGUGGAGAUGAGGAUAUUAGCUGGUUCUGGGGGUUGUUCCUUCAACAUGUCUGUGAAAUAUUCCCGUCUUGUCUGAUAUGAGGCUGAAAGAAAAAAGAUGUAUUUUGACUGUUAUUGAUAAUUUUAUUGUAGUGGUAAAAAUCAGCACCAAAUAAAACAUUGUGUUGUAAAUUUGUCCACUUGCUUGUAACAGCUGUGAUGUAUGCUGACAAGACUGGAAGUUUGAAUUAAACGAUGUAGAGAAAAAGGCGCUUCCGACAUGUUGUUGCUCAGAAAAUAAAUUCCCAGUAUAAAUCACAGGCAUUGUGUUAUGUUGUUAACUCGGCCACAAAAA